CAUCUAAAGAUCGCUCCGCCCCUUUGGCAUUGUUCCAGUCAUUGUGGUGGUCGUUUCUUGUGAGGCUAGGGCAGUUGAAUCCAUUUUAACUGGUCACGAUGAAGCUGACACCGGGCAGCGUCCAGCAUUUUGUAUGUGCGAAGAAGUUUAGCGAGAAUACGAUGAGGAUAAACAGUAUCGACUAUUCGGCGGAUGGGCUAACAAUGAUAACCUCAAGCGACGAUGACUCUAUUUUUAUCUACAGCAUGCAGACAGGAACUCGCACCCGAAAUGUCAACAGUAAAAAGUAUGGUGUCGAUCUCAUCCGAUUCUCCCACAACACAAGUAAUGCAAUUCACUGCUCAACCAAAGUUGACGACACCAUUCGAUAUCUGUCUCUUCAUGACAAUAAAUAUAUCCGCUAUUUUCCUGGUCAUACCAAGAAAGUAAUGUGCUUGAGCAUGAAUCCCACUGAUGACACCUUCCUUUCUGGAUCUUUGGAUAAGACCAUCCGUCUGUGGGAUUUGCGAUCGCAAAAUUGCCAAGGAUUGAUGCAAGUGAACGGAAAAGCCAUCGCGGCGUUCGAUCCAGAAGGCUUGAUUUUUGCGGCAGGCAUCAACAACGAACAAGUGAAACUUUAUGAUCUAAGAUCUUUCGAUAAGGGUCCAUUUACCACAUUCAAGCUAGAGGCGGAACGUUCUUGUGAAUGGUCAGGCAUGACUUUCUCACCUUGUGGCAAGUACAUAAUGAUCAAUACGAAUGGGACAGUCAUCAGGUUAAUUGAUGCAUUCACUGGCGCAUUGAAGACAACAUUUGAAGGGCAUAGAAAUGACCAGCAAGAGGCACUUGAAGCUUCUUUUUCACCAGAUUCGCAGUUCGUAUUCUGUGGAUCCUCCGAUCGUUGUAUUCACGCCUGGUGUACAGAAACUGGUAAACGGGUAGCCACGUUUGAAACUGAACACGACAACCAUCUCCGGAUUGUUUCUUGGAAUCCGAAACACUUCAUGGUGGCAUCUGCUUGCACCAAACUGUGUUUCUGGAUUCCUGGUGAUGAUGUGGUCGAAAACUGAUUGAUGACUGCACGAAUAUACACAUUCAGCCUAUUUAAUCAUGGAGGCCUGCUAGAAGUAUGGCAGGCAGAGAAGAUACUCAUUGUAUGGAACAAAGUUUUGUUUUGUCAUAUAUAUGUUGUGCAAGUUAUGAUAAAAUUGCGAAUUCAC